AUGAAGAUGCUGAGAGAAUCGCUGCAUCUGGGUGCAGCGAUACAUCGCCAAAUCUCUGAAACAUGCUCUGAUGUCCCUGAGGCAGAUGUGUUCCCUGGCCUGAAAGGCAGGGCUCCGCGCCCGAACCUGCCGAGCAGCCGGCUACAGUGCCGCAACGCGUACACCACCACCGCCACCACCGCGCCACCACCGCCCUGUGAAGCGGCGCCGACCGGAAGCGCCGACCGGAAGCGCCGUCCGCCCGUCCCGCCCCGCUCCUUGCGGCGCGGCAGGCAGGCAGGCAGGCGGGGCGGGGCGCUGGUUGCCAUGGCUUCGGUGAGGCGGUGCGGCCCGCCGCCCUGGGCCCGCUUGCUGGCCCCGGCGACGCUGGAGCUGCUGGCGCUGCCCUGCGGCCUGCAGGAGCCCGAGCACCGGCCUCGCAUUUCAGAUGAUUUAAAAAUAGGAUAUCACAGCAGAGAUCAUGCAACACAAACAGAUAUCAAAGAAAUACCAGAAUUAAAUGAAUUAGCAAUUGCUACACAAGCUUUAAUCAAGCUCACUCAUUCCCUCCAGAAAGAUUUGUUCAUCUACAAAAGCGCCAUUCAAGCACAAUAUAAAGAAAAAGUUGAAGAGCAAGCUUCAAAUCUCUAUAAAUAUGUAAAUGAUAGACUGACAGACAUUGAGACUUUUCAUAAACAGAAAGAAGUCCAGAUUCGACAAAGUUACCAACAACAGCUAUGCGAUGCACUGGCUGUUCUCAGAGGAAAUAUUGAGAAGUAUUACAACAUAGACAGAGAAGAUAUAGGAUGUUCACCAGGAAAACUUCUGAGGUUUUUACGUGACAAAUUGUGUGAGAAAGAGUCCAUAAUUGAAGAUCUGAAAAGAAAAAUGCAGGAAUAUCAAGAAAAUGAAAGGACUAAAAUGGUUGUCUUUGAAGACGAUGACCGUGGAAACAAAAAGCUUGAAAAAGAGAAUGAAGAGUUCAAAGAAGAGAUUUUCAAACUACGCAACGAGAUUGCUCGUCUUGAAAAUUCUCUGCAACACUCUGAAAAAGAAAAGCAUGCAUUAGAUAGGCAAGUUCAAAGAAUGCAAUUGAAAAUGGAAAGUGAUGAGCAAACUAUUCAACAGUUGGUUGAAUUUCAAGAAGAGAUGAAGGCAGAACUUGAAAACAGGAGAUCAUUAGAUAAAAAUCUGAUAACAAAUGUAGCACCUGAGCAGCAGUCUCCUGAAAGGUCCCUGACUACUGAAAACGGGAAAAUGAAGAAAUGUGAAGGCCAAGAGAGGCAAACUAUAGAAAGAAAGAAAGCUGAGCAAAAUAAUGCAAUAUGGAAGAAGAAAUUCCAGAUUGUACAAAACAGUCUGCAUGCAAUUAAGGAUGAGAUGUUUCUUAGACAAACACUGCAACGCCAGUUACUGGCACUUAGAUAUGCAUCUCCUGGUGAAACAAUGGUUUGCCCUGUUUGUAUUGAAAAUGACAUAAAAGACACAAACAGAUUCAAAGAUGGCUCACAUUUACCUUCAACUUUGCCGCCAUUAUGUUCCCAGUCUACUGGAAAGCAGAAAGAAGACACAGGUGAAUUUCCUAGGCUUCUAAACACAACAAAAAUGGCCAGUGUUUGAAGACGGACCAAGAUUAAAAACAUUGCUGUGCGGUAUUACUUUUUCAUACUGUUUGCUGAUUGUUAAUAGAAGAAGACACACAGUAACUCAGUUUGAUUCUUUCAGCACAAGAAGAGUGCAAUCUUCUAGCAGUUCUGCCUUCGUGAAGUCUUUCUUUUACUAGAACUCCCAAACCGAUCUGUGCAAAUAUAGGCAGUUCGGAUGUUUCUUUUGUCUGUCAUUUUGCCUGAAAAGAAUUGCUGCUACCAUUUUAACAAGUGUUGAUCUUUUCGAAAAAGAGAGACGCGAGAAAUUGAACCCACGUCCCAGACCGUCGCCAGCGCCCCUGGCCCACAACCACCUGAGGCCGUUCCCUGCCCCCACGCCGCGCUUCAGCACCACUGACAGCUCCACUCCCGCACACGGCCGCGCACCGGUGGCCCCGCCGUAGAACCGAUCGCUGGGCGAACCACCAGCUCCGGGGGCGGCUUCCAGCUCAGUGGAAGCGGUGGCCUUGCUGUCCUUCCUUUCCAGCAGUCAGCCGGACUCUCAACCCUGAUUAGUGCCUGUUACCAGAGAUCUGUCUGCAAACAGCCAGGGGAUGGAAUCUCUGAUAUGUGCUGAUGUCGUUUCGUCGGAAGGUGGAAUGGCAUUCCGCAAAGAUUGCAUGAGUUCUAGUCAGUGGGAAGUUAUUUAAUGAUUUUAGCUACCUUUUGUUGUUGUUGUUGUUAUAAAAGUACGUGAUAAACAGAUGAUUUUAAGUGUGUGACAGGAUUGCUUAAAUGUCCUUUUUAAGCCUGUACCUCACUUAUUUCUUGGCUAUUCCUCUUAAAGGCAUGUGCUCAAACAACUCCCUGGGCAUUAGCAACUGGGCCUUUCACAGACAGCAGUGGCAUCUGUGCAGAAUUCAGACUACUCUUGAGUAGCUUUCCACUACAGACCUCCUAGU